CAUCAUCUUAAGAGCAUCUUCUGAGGAAAGAGCAUCUUAAUCAGCUGCUUUGAAAUAACAAGGGCGCGCAUCCUGAGACGGCAUCCAUUUUUUUCCUUCACAUUUAUUUCCCGAUAUGCAGGGCAUUAUAAUCAAGAUUAUGGAGCAGACACCAUCGUGGAGAAUUCAACGUAUCUUCUUCUCUACUUAUCUAUUUAUUUCUGUCCUAUUUACCCUCCUUUCUCUGGAACCAAGGAGCUGCACCGCUCAACAAACUCAUGAGAGUUCAACGAUGGCGACAGAUACGAUGUCCACUGGUAAUGACCACAUGAUGAUGGAUUCGAUGACGGAGAUGACAUCAGACAUGAUGGCUACUGAUGGGCAGCGCCCGAUGAUGACAUCGGAAAUGAUGCACAGCGACGAAAACACGAUGACGACAAUGAUGAUGACCGCUGACGAUCAGCACAUGAUGUCGACAGAAGAAAUGACGAGCGACAGUGAUCCUAUGAUGACAAUGACAACAAUGACAGCAACUGAGGAGACCGAAGAUGAUGACCACAAUUUGUCUGGAAUUACUGCCAUUAAUGUGCAUCAUACGAUGGCGACGGAUGAGACGAUGAACACAAUGAUGCACAGUAAUAUGACAAUGGAUGAGGAAAUAAAUGAUACAUCAAAUACGACUAUGCCGCCAUCGAUGACCAUGGAGAUGACCACAGGAACAAUGACCGAAGAACCGGGAGCCCAUAUUAUGAAUGAAAGUAUGACGAUUAGGAUGAACAUGGAUAAUAUGACUCACCAAGACCAGCAUGGGCAUUCCAGUAUGACAACAAUGGGUAUGACGUCGACUCCCAGAAUUCAUCAUUCAUCACCUGCGAUGGCGCUAACUUGUUUCUCAUGUCAGACCACAUCGAUGACAUCCGUAUGUUACGACAUGCAGAACGACACGUCGCCUGUCGUCACAUGUGCUGCUGGUGAAAUGUGCGGGACCGUACGAUAUGAUCAAGGAUUCGGUACCAACCUUGUCAAUAUAUCAAGGAUGUGCUUUUCUGGAAGCUGUCCCAACACGAAAGUUGAUGACAUGGCUUGUGAGAUGUCUCAUCCACCGCAUCGCCGAUGCGUUCAGUGCUGCUCAGAACAUAGGUGUAACCGGCAUGUCAAUAGCAAGGGUGUUUCUUCAAUCGUCGACUCCAAAAUGGCGUCUAUUGUCGGUGGUCUGUUGUUAUCUGUAUCAGUUACUUUAACUGAAACCUUAUAUAAAGAUUAUCCUUUUUAAGACGUUUGAUUUAUGAUUCCCCAGUACUACUUGAUUAUACAUGAAGUUCAUCCCUUUACAUAAACCUAAUAAAACCUUGCAAAUUAUCAUCUCUAUGAUACCAUGCCUUUCAAUACUACGAAGUGCGUUAACAAAUAAGGGUUUCCCUUUAUAAACUAGAUUUUUUUAUCAAAUAACAAAAAAAUAUCAAAUUCUUGAGUAAUAUCCAACACAUGUUGCUGCAUUAUCUUUUAUUCUGUUUUCAUAUAAAUUAUUCCGAGGACGGGGGAGGUAAGGUAGUGCCUACCCGGUUUAAAAUUUAAAAUCCAUACAUGUAUAUUGAUUAUACACUGUAAAAUUGAAGUGCUAAUUUAGCAAUUACAGGGCUUGUAUGGUGACUGCAUUACGGGUGCUGAUUUUCUAGAAGGUUUCAUUUGCCUUUUUUCUGAUAAUUCUGAACCGCCCUUUUGCCCUCACUGAUUAAAUCAACAUAAAACAGUCAGGAAACUCGGAUAGACCGAAUAUUAUGGGCAUUCGAGACUAUUAACCAAAUUAUAAAAUGAGUGAAUCAAGAUUUCAGGGGCCAUCCUAUCUUACAGUAUUUUCAAGGAGAUAUUCCACAUAGGUGUGCGAAUCCGAAUUGGUCGACUAUCAUGUAGAAUUAAUCUAUAGAUGCAUUUUUACACUAAUUUAUGAGGGGAAAAUGAAAGAUUCGACACACAAGUAAAAUAACAGUAUGUUUAAAACCUAAUAAAAAAAUUUCAUUGGCACCAUAAUUUGUUAAGAGUAACGAAAAUUGAUAUGACUUAUUAGAUGGGCAUAAUGGCUUAAUGAUCAGACUGGGAGAAAAAUAAUAAGUAGAAGUCUCAUGCAAUACUAUUAAUCGUGAAUGGCUUAAAUAUUCUGGUGCCUCGAUCUAAAACCGCUUUAAGAUGCCUUAUAACGACGAACAAAAUAUGUUCUCUUUACGUUCUGUUUCUUUUUUUUUUCUUUAUUGUUUUCCCCUUUAUCACUCUUUCUAUUUGUUUUGUUGAGUCUUCAUAUAUCUUAACUACGUUUUUUACUUUGUCCUGUAUUAUUUUAGUCUGAGUCGUAUCGUUAUGCUUGUUUUAUUUUGUAUUUCUAUGUAGUUAUCUUGUUUUAGAUAUUUUUUUAGUAUUAUUUAAGUCUCUUUAUCGGUAGGAUGCGGUAGGUAGGAUGCGAAAGCUUAUGUAGUAUGCCUAGCAAUUGAGUCUUGGAACUCUUGUUGGAAUGCUCCCCAGGGAGUUGAGAAGGUGCAUACAUUGUAUGCGGGCAUGCAAGGAUCCGAUGACCAGGGUAAUAAUAUAUCUGUAAAGCGCUUAGAGACGUCGUUCCGAUGUGUUAAGCGCUAUAUAAAUGCGGAAUAUUAUUAUUAUUAUUAUUUAUAUUUAUUAACAUGACAAUGUGGAAUAUGUGCAUUUGAUUUCUGGGUAAAGAAUAAUGCAUGCACUUCAUAGAGUAUUUUAAGACUCGGGCACUAGGUACCCGAGCAAAAUAAUGUGUAUUUUAUGUUUUAAAAGACAGUGAUAUGAGUCAUUGUUAUCUAAUAGACCAUCAUCGUCAUCUCAAACCAUGACCGAUCGAUAGAAUUGGUCAUUAAUAGUAGACAUUAGCAAAUUUGUCUCUAUAAUAGAUAACUGGUCACGUGAUGGAUUUCAGCCAAUCAUUCGAUUAGGAUGCAUAUCACCAUUUUACAAGAUAUGACAAAUAUUUCCAUUGUUGUUUAAUUUAUCUUUUAUCUAUUAGUUGUAUGAUUUUCUUGUUCAGUAUUUACUGUAAUCUGCUUCGUGAAUUAAAUUGAAUUUACUAUAUAGAACGUCACUGGCAUUCGCCAAUAUUUUGUUCAAAACAAGAAGUACAAAAUAAUAAAAAAACAAAUAUACAAAUUCAAGGAAUAUAAGCAGAUAAACAAAAACAAAAUAGUAUUUCGUCAAAAAGAGAAACAACUUAUGUCUACUUAUAAAUAGUAAAUAAUAGAAGGGAGUGAUUAGCAUGCGUGUUAUCAACUGGAUUAUAUCGAAAAUUAGAUGUGCAAUCUAUUUCUUGGUGAAGAAUGAUGGAAUGAUGAUGAGUAAAAUAUUUCAAGUCUCAAGAUCUUAUUCACUGAGGUUGUAGCACCAUUUAUGCGAUAAUAUUUUAGUGUCUCAUCAAAUAACAGGUCUGUAGAUUAUGUAAUGAAUAACUUGAACACUAUAAUAUUACUAUUCAUUUUCUUAUUUUCCAUUUUUUUUUCAAUUUCUUUAUUCUUAACUUGCACUUUAGGUUGUGAUGGUAGUAGUAUUAUAAUUUAUGAUUGUAAUCAUUUUUGUCUAUAUUUUGUGUUUCACUUUCUACUUCAUCGUAUUUAUUUCAAUUGACAUGGAAACGUGGAACACUCUUAAAGAUUCCCAAUAACGCAGCGCAGAUAGUAGCCAUUUGAUGCCCUAUCCGGAAUUUGAGAAUGAAUAAAAUGUGCAAUAUAAUUAACUUAGUUCAUCGAUAUUGAUAUGCAAUCUAUAUUGAUAUAAUUCAAAUAAUGCCUUAGCCCUGUUUCACUAAUAUGUCCGAUAACUGGUUUUUAACGCUUUGAUACAGAAUGAACAAUGUCACUAUUUCAAAAUGUGCCCUUAAUCAAGGCAUUUUAAUCGGACAUGUCGGAAUUAUAUAGAUUGUUGGAAUUUGGGUUCUUCUCGAUACCAGAAUUUGUUAUUAAUUGUUUUCAUUAUACCUUGUGCAUUGACGUCUUAGCGCCCCCCCCCCCCCCAUCUAUUAAUAGAGGCUGAAUCCAUUCCGUUUACGCAUAUUCUUAUAUCCUCUGAGGGAGGGCGCUAUGCGAUUAUGACGUCACAUGCAUAAAGUCUAUAGUAAUUUGAUCAAUGACAACUCUUUGUGAGACGUGGACACUAUUAGCUUGGUUAGUGUUACUGUAUAGUAAUGAGAAUGUGGCGUCCAUCUUGCGACAAUGCUCAACAUUCAAGCACAAGGGGUUUAAGAUUGUUUUCUUUGGUAGGCUUAACGGGGUUUUUCAAGGUGUUUUAUUUAUUUAUAUCGUAUAUUGUUUGAAUUGAUCAACAUUUGUUUUUUCUUUGUCAUUACGUCAUAGUAGAUUUUUAUUAAACACUAGUUUUGUAAGUCUUCAAA